AUGGUAGCGAAGAGUGAAGCUAGCAUGCCCAUGUCACGGGCACUGGCCAAGCUUGCGGUGGCCACCGACGUCGGCACUGCGGCCAGGCCAUGUACGGCAGCUCCGGCCAUGGCGCUUUCGUCAGGUCCACCUGGCUUCGGCGUCGGCGUCAAAGUCAAAGUGGGAAUGGGGCCUCCGCCUCCGGAGUCACCUAGCAGGCCCCUUGUGAUGAAGCCCUCCGCUGCACGCAAUGUACUGGCGUCAUUGCCGCUGCCGCUGGCAAGUACGGAACACCAGCACCAAGGCAGUAAAGUCAACGGCGCGGUAGGGCCGCCGCCGCCGCCGCCGCCAGCGGCGGCCGCCGCGUCCAGGACGGCAGCCGCCGCGGCGACGGAUCCACAAUUUCCGCCAGCAACGCCGGCGGGGGCGCAUCAAUCUUCGAGCACGCAUCACCACCACAACCACCACAACCACCACAACCACCAGCACGUAGGGUUAUUGUCGUCGUCAUCGUCGUCGCCGCUACCCCCCUGCAGUGCCGUACACGGAGGUGGUCCUAGUGCAAGUGCCGAUUUCAGUCGUGAGAUAAGGGAGGCGGCACGGAACCACCCUGGCCUGCCCGCCAGCCUACUCGCGCAGCUACACCGCCCCCGCCGACCCGGAGCUCCAUCCUCCGCGCCGUUCGCCGGGACGUCAUGUACGACGACGGCGAUGGGGCCGCCGUCAGCCGGCAGCGCCUCCGCCGCCGCCGGCGGAAGCGCCGCCGGCGUAUGGCCCAUGAGCCCACGGUCCCGUGCCCGGCUUACGGCGUCGUUGGUGAAUGGUACGGCGGCGUCAGGAGCUCCCGCCACGCUGGCGUCGCCGCCGCGGCCGCCGCCGCCGCCGCCGCCGGCGGCGGCUGCGGCACUGAGUCCGGAGGCGUUGGCGGUGCUUCUGGGAUCGCCGUCGCAGCCGCCGCCGUCGACGCCCGCCGGCCUGCUUGUGAUGCGCCGCGCGGGGCCAGCGGCGGUGGGUGCUGGAGCUGCUUUACGACCAACGACAUCACACCAGGGCGGCGGCGGCGGCUCUACGACGGCGGCAGCUGCGCCUGCUGGAUUGUCGUCACCGUCAAGGCCUCAAGUCAUGCCGCACAUCACGGUGCCGUACAAGCCGGGAUCCAUUCGACUGCCGAUGGGCGGCGUCCCUGGGCUAACGGCGGCUGUCGCACUGGGCGGCUCGCCGAGUAAUGGAGCAUCGGGAGCUGCGUCGGCGGCCGGCUCGGGGACGGGCUCCCCUGUCGUACCGUCGACGGCGGCGGCAGCGGCGGCGGCGGCGCUCGGCCCUGCCGCCAGUGAAGCUUUGCGGCCGUGGACUGCCGCCGCCAACGGCGCCGGAGCCUUGCGGCCCACAACCGCAAACCCCCUCACGCAUUCCAUGCCCCUGGACACGACGAACACGCUUGUCGUACGGAUGCCGCGAACCGCAACGGUAGCGCCGCACGCUGCAAGCGCCGCUGCCGCGCCGCCACCGCAGUCCCGUUGCGGAAUCAGCUCGUCCACGGCCGGGCGUACGGCAACAGCAGAAUCCAGACCUUUCGCCAGACUGUCGGCCGCCCCGGGCCUUACAUCCGGGGGCGGGGAGCAAGAUGUACGGCAACUGACGGCGCAGGAGCUGCGGUCUGUAGUUGCGGCGUUGGCGGCGUCGCGCCCGGAGGUCGCAGCCGUGUUGAUGUCGCGAAUGGCGACCCCCGCGGCGGCGGCGCCAGUGGCUGGCGGCGCCGCCGCCGACGCACAAAACCGCCCCGUCACCGGCCUCAGCCGCCGCCCCACCGCAGGACCAGUCGGCGACGACGCGGCCACAGCGGACGUGGCGGUGCAGGGCCCGGCUUGGGAUGUAGAGUAUAUGUACGGCAGGGCUGUCGGCAACGUGCCGCCAGCCAACUCCCGUACCAGCUCACGAGCUUCAACGCGGGGGAGUCUACUCAGCGGGAGUGCAAUUAGCGUCGGUAUCCGCGAUCCGUCAGUGUACGACGACAAGUGGCCACGACCGUCCACGAGCAGCGGAUCGCGACCAGGGAGCCGCGGCGGCGCGCCGACAGGCGCCUCCGGUCCGCCGCCGGGUACUGCCGAUGGCGGCGGCGGCGCCGCCGCUGCCGCGAGAGUCGGUAACAGCAGCGACAUCAGGCGGCCCGCCAUCAGCGCAUGGGGCUCCGAAAGACGUACGACACUGCGGGCCAUUCCGGAGGAAGCGGAGUUGGACGGCGGCGGUGAAGAAGGCGCCGGCGAUGGCGUCGCCGCAGCUGCCGUCGACGUCGACGUUGCAGCUCCGCUGCGACCGUUGCAAGCCUUGGAUCCUGAUCCUGAGCUGGAUUCCGCCUGGGCCUCUAUCGUUGCCGCCAAUCAGCGCCCGGAUACCGGGGUGAUGCGGUCCCCAUCCCGGGGAAUCGACGUGUUCAGUCGCCCAGCCACGGGCGCGAUCCGCAUCACCCGCCAGGCGGCCCCCAUGGUCCUGGUGCUGGAGGACAUCGCUGCAUCGACACCUGAGGUUUUGGAGCGAGAGCUGGAAAACCUGAGCCUGGAGGAACUACAGGCGCUGCGGGCAAAACUGUGCACGUGA